AUGCAAUUAAGUAAAGCUGCUGAGCUGUGCUAUGAGAUAACAAACUCAUACCUACAUAUAAACAAAGAGUCUCGCAUAAUAGCAAGCACACAAGAAGCGAUACGCUUAACCAGGCAGUACCUCCUAAAUGAAAUUUUUGUACGUUGGAGUCCACUGAAUGGAGAGAUAUCGUUCUCAUACAAUGGCGGGAAAGAUUGCCAGGUGUUACUGUUAUUAUACUUGAGUUGUUUAUGGGAAUAUUUUUUUAUCAAAGCUCAAAAUUCUCAGUUUGAUUUCGAGUUUCAAAGCUUCCCCAUGCAAAGACUUCCUACGGUUUUCAUCGAUCAAGAAGAAACAUUCCCCACAUUAGAAAACUUUGUUUUGGAAACUUCAGAACGAUAUUGCCUGUCGUUAUACGAGUCGCAAAGGCAAUCCGGAACGUCCGUCAACAUGGCAGAUGCGUUUAGAGAUUUCAUAAAGAUAUAUCCUGAGACCGAAGCAAUAGUCAUAGGUAUUAGGCACACGGACCCGUAUGGUGAAAUGUUAAAGCCCAUUCAAAGAACAGACUCUAAUUGGCCUGAUUUUAUGAGGUUACAGCCUCUUUUACAUUGGGACUUGACUAAUAUAUGGAGUUUCCUAUUGUAUUCCAACGAACCAAUUUGUGGCUUGUACAAAGAAGGAUUCACAUCAAUUGGGGGCAUUCACAACUCUUUGCCCAACCCACAUUUGAAAAAGGAUUCCAACAAUGUAGCGUUACGUUUUGAGUGGGAAAUCGCUCAUGCUUUCGGCAAGGAUGCGAAAGGCGAGCAUGAUUCAUUUAUAAACUCGUCACCUAUAUCCGUGGUGGAUAAAGAGAGAUUCAGCAAUUAUCAUGGUGAUUACUAUCCUGGUUGGUAUUUAAUAGAUGACACUCUAGAAAGAGCAGGAAGAAUCAAUAAUUAA